AAAAAUCAAAGCAAACACUGGCCAUAACUGCAGCAUCGGCAGCAUCAGACUCGAGAGGACUAGAGGAGUCGUCCGUACAGUUACUGCGAGCGGAAGCCGGAAUCAAGCCAUGGACGCGCUCUACCUGCUCCCAUCCGCCCCGCCGUCCUGCUCGACCGGCUCCGCCCUCUCGGGCCCGCGCGAGCUUGCGGCCGUGCGCUCCUCUGCCGCUUCCGCUCUGCGGCUGCGGCUCGCUGGGAGGCGUCGGCGGCGAGCCGGCGUGGCGCGGGCCGGCGGCGGCGGCGACGGGGAGGGGGGCAAGAGCGGCGCGGCGGCGUUCUUUGGGGAGGACGGGGUGGUGGAGGACAUGGACGGGUACCUGGACUACCUGUCCCUCGAGUACGACUCCGUCUGGGACACCAAGCCUGCCUGGUGUCAGCCUUGGACAAUAUUGCUUUCUGGAACUGUUGCUGUUGCCUUCAGUUGGUUGCUUAUCCAAUCCGUUGUGAUUACUGCAGGAGUUUCUUUUGUAACAUGUGCGUGGUGGUACAUAUUUCUCUACUCUUAUCCUAAGGCAUACACCGAGAUGAUAGCUGAGAGGAGGAGAAAGGUAGCUAGCGGUGCUGAAGAUACCUACGGGAUGGAGAAAAUCCAGUGAAGAAUUCCCAGCAGUGCUGCUGCACGUUCAGGCUCGUGGUCCAUGUAACACCAUUGAUUCGUAGAAUGUAUUCGCCAGAAAUUGCAACGUCACUAUUGAUUCGUAGAAUGUAUUCGCCAGAAAUUGCAACGUCA